AUGGAACGGCUGCUGUGUGCGGCAGACAUUCGUAUGAUCCUGACCUUGGCUGCCCUGGCCGACGCACAUGACGAGCACAUGCUUAUUGUGCGGCUGGCUGACAAGGAGGAUGUGGAUGGUGUCAUGUUCCAGGAGGAGCUCUUCCGGACUUUGUUGGAGAAGCAGCCACUUCUUCUUCAGAGGGAUGAUGGAAGGAUCAAGAAGCUGGGAGGGCCGGAUCAAUGCACUGGCAUGGUGCUUCGGGAAGUUUUGGCCCGCAUGCAUAACUGGGUUCAGCUGGUGAAAGACGUCAUCAAAGCUGAACUACCUGCCUUUGAAGCCUUUGCUAGUAUGUCUUCCCUCCUCCGUCUCAGCAAUUCUGCUUCCUCUGGAAAUGAUGACGAGCCCCUGACAACGCGGGACUUGAAGAAUGCAGCUGAAACUAUGUCAGCCCUUCUGAACACGAACCCUGUUGCCUAG